AUGGAUGUCACCUUUGACAACAUCACCUAUACGGUAUCGACCGGAAAACGAGAAAAGAAAAAUGUACUAAACGGCGUCUCCGGGCGGUUCCAGUCCGGCGAGCUGACCGCCAUCAUGGGCCCAUCCGGGGCAGGCAAGUCCUCGCUGCUGAACAUCCUUACCGGCUACACGACGCACGGCGUGAAGGGAACGCUCGCGUUCGGCAGUAGCGGACGCACCAGUCGCAAGCUGUGCAGCUACAUCCUGCAGGAAGACUACCUACAGCCGCUCUUCACCGUGCACGAGAUAAUGCUGAUGGCCUGCGAUCUGAAGGUUUCGUCCGAGACUCACAACCGCAGCGAAAAGCUCCGACUGGUCGACAAAAUUCUCGACACGUUGCAGCUGAGCUUCUGCAAGCAGACGCGCUGCGGCAGCCUAUCCGGUGGCCAACGGAAACGUCUAUCAAUCGCACUGGAGCUUAUCGAUAAUCCGCCGAUCCUAUUUUUGGACGAACCAACGACUGGACUCGACAGCUCGUCGUCGCUGUACACCAUCAAGCUGCUGCAGGGGUUGGCGCGCGAGGGCCGCACCAUCGUCUGCACCAUCCACCAGCCGUCCGCCACCGUGUACGAGAUGUUCGACCACGUGUACGUGCUGGCCGAGGGCCACUGCGUGUACCAGGGCUCGGCGCUCAACACCGUGCCGUACCUGGGCUCCGUCGGGCUGCACUGUCCACCGUACCACAACGCGGCCGACUAUCUGCUCGAGGUUACCAACAAGGAGCACGGAAACUUUACCGAAGCGCUCGCGAAGGCCUCGACCGAUCCGAGCUGGCGAUUGCCUCCGCUCGUCGCACCGUCCGUGGAUCGGUUGGGCAGCCCGGCUGGGGUUCUGCUGGCGCCACCUCCACCUCCACCUCCCGGCCACUGUCUGCCCGCCUACGACAGCAAUCACAACGAUGCCAUCUACCGGAAGGAAGCGGAACCACUGACCGUGACGGAUCCGCUGAAACCGGACAAGCUACAGCUACACCAGCAGCAGCAACGGAGGCCGUCCGAGUUCGCCAAACUGUUGAUCCUAAUGAAACGCUCCAACAUCCAGCUGUACCGGGACUGGACGGUGACGCACCUGAAGCUGUUCGUGCACAUCGUGUGUGCCGUCGUGAUUGGGCUGCUGUUCGGCGACUCGGGCAUCAAUGCGACGAAAUCGAUCUCGAACGUGGCCUCGUUCAUGGUGCACAUCCUGUACCUCUGGUACACGACGCUCAUGCCGGGCGUGCUGAAGUAUCCGUACGAAAUGAACAUCCUGCGGAAGGAGUCGUUCAAUCGGUGGUACAAAAUACGAACCUACUUCAUGGCCUCCAUGCUCACGUCCUUACCGGUGCAGAUCUUCUUCUCGGUUGUCUACGCUUCGAUUGUAUACUCGAUGACGAGUCAACCGUGCGAGAUGGAACGCUACCUCAUGUUUACGGCCGUGCUCGUGCUGAACACCAUCGUCGCCGACGGAUUCGGGCUGUUUCUCGGAACGUUCCUGAAUGAAAUCAACGGAACGUUCAUCGGUGCCAUCAUGACCUGCUUCAUGUUUGUGUUUUGCGGCUUCUUCAUCAUGUUCAGUCACAUGUCGGACGCGAUGCGGGGCAUCAGCUAUCUGUCCUCGCACCGGUACGGCUACGAGGCGCUCGUGCUGACCGCGUACGACGACAACCGGAGCGACCUGGUGUGUCCGCAGGACGAGCUCUACUGUCACUAUAUCAAAGCCAACACGAUCCUGCGGGAGCUCGGCAUCGUGCCCGGCAACUAUCUGUUCAACGUGGUCACGCUGGUCAUACAUUUCGUCGCCAUCAAGGUGGUCGGAUUCUGGACGCUCAAGCGCAAGCUGAAGAUGGGCUGAGGCGUGCCGAAGGGGGUUCUGCUGGGAGCCUCUGUUUGCGGACCAGAUCCGGUUGACUCCUGAUCCUCGAAACGAGAGAAGGGACACCACCACCAUCACCAACACCAACCAAACCACAUACACACACACACACACACACACACA